CUUGUUUCGGCUCCCCACUCAAACAAAACCCUACUUCUUCCUUUUAAGUUUCUCUAUCUCUCUCUCUCUGCGUCUCUGGUUGUGCGUGUCUCUCUCUUUCCGCCUCUGGUUCUAUCUUUCUUCGUCUCGUUGCUUAGCUCCAACCUGAGCUCGAAGCCAUGCCGAAGCAUUACAGGCCUCCCGGGAAGAAAAAGGAAGGAAACGCUGCAAGAUACAUCACUAGGUCGCAAGCUGUUAAAUCUCUUCAAGUCAGUCUAUCACUCUUCAGGAAAUUAUGCAUUCUCAAAGGUAUCUUUCCUCGAGAACCAAAGAAGAAGGUGAAAGGAAAUCACCACACCUACUAUCACCUCAAAGAUAUAAUGUUCCUUAAACACGAACCAUUGCUUGAGAAGUUUAGAGAAAUGCGGGCAUAUGAGAAGAAAGUAAAGAAAGCUAUGUCAAAGAAGAACAGGGAUCUUGCUGAACGCUUACUGACUCGCAAACCUACUUACACCCUUGAUAUGCUUAUUCGUGAAAGGUACCCUACGUUCAUUGAUGCACUAAGGGAUUUGGAUGACUGUCUCAGCAUGGUUCACCUUUUUGCUGCAUUGCCUGCAGUAGAGAGGGAAAAGAUUGAAGUGAAGCGCGUCCAUAAUUGUCGAAGGUUAAGUCAUGAAUGGCAAGCCUAUAUUUCUCGCACUCAUAAGUUACGGAAAACUUUCAUAUCUGUGAAAGGAAUUUAUUACCAGGCAGAGGUUGAGGGGCAAAAGAUCACUUGGUUAACGCCUCAUGCAUUGCAGCAAGUACUGCCUGUAGAUGUCGACUUCAAAGUCAUGCUAACUUUCUUGGAAUUUUAUGAGACUCUCCUUGCUUUCGUCAAUUUUAGAAUUUAUCAUUCAAUAAAUGUGAAAUAUCCACCCAUUCUUGAUCCUCGGCUGGAAGCUUUAGCAGCAGAUCUUUAUGCGUUGUCAAGAUACUUUGAUGCCAAUACUACAGCCCCCACGGUGGAAUCACAAGCUGUUAGUUCAUAUGGAUCAAAUGGGCAAGUUGAGGACAAGCCAGCAGGUGCAAAGCUUGCUGAGUCUGAACUUAGGCUGGCCCAACUUCAGCACCAACUUCCUUCAAAUGAACCUGGUGCUUUGAUGCACCUUGUUGAAGAUGCUGCCGGCAAGGAUGAAGAUGACGAAGAAGUGAAGGAAUGUAAAAAUCUCUUCAAAAAUAAGAAAUUCUUCUUGAGUCGUGAGGUUCCCAGAGAGUCAUUGCUUUUUGUCAUUCCUGCUUUUGGCGGUGUGGUUUCUUGGGAGGGAGAAGGAGCUCCAUUCGGAGAAUCUGAUCAGAGCAUUACUUAUCAGAUUGUUGACAGGACAAUGCAGGGCCACAGGUUUCUUUCCAGAGAAUACGUUCAGCCUCAGUGGGUCUUUGAUUGCAUAAAUGCACGUGUGAUAUUACCGACUGAGGAAUAUAUGGUAGGCAGGGUUCCUCCACCACAUUUAUCCCCAUUCGUCGACAAUGAAGCUGAGGGAUAUGUUCCUGAGUAUGCAGAGACAAUCAACCGGCUGCAGGCUGCUGCAAGAAAAGAAAUCCUUCCAAUACUGGGUGUGGGAAAAGAAGAUUUGGAUGAUCCACAAAAUUUAUUGGUUGAAGGUAUCAUUGACAGGGCUGAAGCUAUUGAAGCUGCCGAGAAAAAGCGGAAGAUGUCAAUUCUACAGAAGCAAUAUCAUGAUGAAUUAAAAAUAGAACUUCAAGGCGUCCAGUAUUCCUCUGUCUCAAAUGCCACUAAGCAGAAUUCUGUUGAGGACACAGAGGCUGGAGGUGAAUCUCUUCCUGACUUCCAACAAAUUGCUGAGGAUGCUGCCAACAUUUCCAAGGUGGUGAUGCCACGUAAAAAGAGGAGGCUUUAUGAAGCAAUGCAGAUUGGCAAAGAGCGGAAGCGGGCUGAUAUUGGUCUGCUAAAGGAAAGAAAGAGAAAAAUUGAUGAAGCCAAGAAAUCAGAGUAAAUUUGAAGCCAGUCAGAUAUACGUGUAACCUGAGGUUUAUUGGCAGUUUAUCGAUUCUUGUAAUUUCUGGUCUUUAAGCUUAUUUUGUUUGCCUUUUAUUAUUCAUGUUUCUGACUUGUACGCUAUGCUGCCAAUUAGGUUGUGAUUGGCUACAAUUUUGCUAUGACUUGUUUGAGUUUUGCUCUAUUUCAUAUACAAAGCCUUUAUAAUCUAUUUUUUUCCCGGCAAGUCCUUUAUAAUCUCUGCUUACUUGAACAAGUUAUGAUUAUGAUUUUUUCACUUUCACUUGUAUUUUCCAGCACUUUUAG